UGGAUGUCUUUGGAUGUCACAGAUCUCGUGUUAUUGUACUCUAUCGAUGAUUGGCUGCAUGGGUUUCCUCUUCCGCAUUCAUCGCUUUAACCUAAAGUCUUCAAAUCUGCACGAAUAAAUCCGUGAUUAAUAAACUACAGCAACUUUACAGGAACUGAAGAAAAACAAUGGAACAUCAGCAUGCUGAGUUCGUGGACACACACUAUGAAACUCUCCUUCAGAUAGUUACAUCUGUGAUGCCCAUCGCCGAUAAGCUGUAUGAAAGCAAAAAGCUUACCUGGCAAGCUUAUUCGAAGAUCACAAAGGCCACAACUAAAAAAAACCAAAUGAGAGAGCUUCUAAACACUGUGAAAUCUGGAGGACCUGCAGUAAAAUCUGCUUUUUACAAAGUACUGCAAGAAAUCAAGCCUGAUGUCAUUCAAGAACUUGAAGGGCCAUCAUCCCCGACAGAUCAUGAAAAACAGGUCACUGAGAACAAUAUCAUCAGGUGGAACCUAUCCUCAAUAAAGUACAAGAGUCAAAUAAAGGAGCUCUGGAUUGAUUCCUCCAGGAAAAAAGUCGGGAACCUUUAUUUUUCUAGAAACAAUAAAUACAUUAUUGGCUCUGGAGGAAGUGGGACAGUGUAUCUUGGCCUGAAGGAAGAUGGCACUGAGGUAGCCAUUAAACGAAUAACCAAGGACCAACAGAAAAGCAAAUGCUUUGAAAAUGAACUAAAGCAUCUACGAGAUUUGAAUCUUGAGAGCAAGAACAUUGUCAGGUACGUGGACUUAGCUGAGGAUGAAGACUUUUAUUAUCUUGCACUACAGCUUUGUGAAUAUGAUAUGGAGGAUUACAUGGAAAAUCUUCGUCAGCAAGAACAAAAAGACAAAGACGCCACUUUGAGAAAAAUAGUGAAGGAGAUUCUUCUAGGCCUUCAAGUUCUUCACCGUGCUGAUGUGAUACAUCGCGAUAUAAAGCCUGGAAAUGUUUUGAUAGAUUCAGGAAAAAAUGCGAGGCUGGCCGACUUUGGCUUAAGUCGCAAACUGGAGGAGGGCAGAAGCACAGUGCAUACUGCUAGAGCUGGCACACAAGGAUGGGAAGCUACCGAGAUCCUGAACCAAAAAGAUGCAGUUUACAAGAAGAGCUCAGACAUCCAGGUUGCUGGGAUGUUAGUGUACUACAUCCUCUCUGACGGGAAACAUCCUUUCGGGGACGUAAAGGAUCGUGAGGAGAACAUCAAGAAAGGGCAAUACUCUCUUGAAGAUUUACAAGAUAUAGUAGCAAAGGAUCUCAUAGAAUGGAUGAUCAACAUUGAACCAUCAGAGAGACUGACCAUUGAUGAGGUCCUACGACACCCUUAUUUCUGGGAUAAUGACAGCAAAGACACAGUCCUUAGGAAGCUGGGUGAUAGGCCUGAAAUCCAGAACUACGAGACUUUAGCAAAACUUCGCAAACUCUACAUAGAAAAAGGACUCACAGAGGAAACAGAGGCGACAGCAGCGCUGACCAUUGUUGAGGCCUUCAGUGAACUGAAAAUAGAGAAUGAAAAGAAGCAAAAUGACAUUGUUACAAUAGUGGGUGAGGAUUUAAAAAACCUUUGGAAGCUCUUCAACGCUGCAGAGAAGGUCACAGAGGGAAAAUGCUUUUCUAAUUGGCAAUCAGAGCUUUCAGAAAUAUGGAAAGACAUUAACAAAAAGCUUCCAGAGGACAUUCUUGGCCUGCUGCGUGUUUUGCGCAACAAAUUGGUGCAUGCAAAUGUUGGAAAUGAGUUUGAAAAGAAGAAGAUUUUUGACCUCUUCCCGGACUUUUUCAUCAGUUUACACAGAGUGGCUAAAAUCUUGAGCUGGAAAUACUGAAGAUGCUGAGAGAACAUCACAACACGGCAUGACUACAGUUUUCACCGUCGACAUAAAACUUCUCGCUAUUUUAGAUGGAGCAGUUAUUAUUGUCAACCAUUUUAAGCACUGUUCUCAGAACUCACUUAACUUCACUCCUACAUGAAUCACAGAUUAAAUCUACUUUUUUAAUUA